AUGUGUCGCUUCCUCAUCUACAAAGGACGGAAUGAGAUCCGCCUCAGCAAACUAGUCACUGAGCCUAGUCAUUCAAUCCUCACUCAAUCUUAUGACUCACGCCUGCGCCUAGAUAACCGCCGACCUGUCAAUGGUGAUGGCUUUGGUGUGGGUUUCUACACAGACCCCAAACUCGGGCCGGAGCCGUGCAUCUUUACAUCAACGUUGCCUGCCUGGAAUUGUGACAAUCUAGAGCGACUUGCUGCCAAAACAUGUUCAAAUCUAGUUUUCGCACACGUGCGAGCAACUACUGAAGGUGCCCUUGCCGAGAACAACUGCCACCCAUUCCAGCAUCAAUCUCUCAUGUGGAUGCACAAUGGUGGCAUUGGCGCAUGGAACCACAUCAAGCGUCCCCUUGGAAGUUCCCUUGCCGACAAAUGGUAUCUGGGUGUGAAGGGCGGUACAGACAGUGAAUGGGCUUUCGCUUUGUUCCUCCAUCUGCUCGAGCAGGAGGGAGUGGAUCCUAGCUCCGAUGCCGGCCCAGAAGGAUUUGGACAGGCGCUUCUCCGCCGUGUCUUGAUGAAAACCAUUGCUAGGAUAAACGAGUUAGUUCGAGACAUUCCCGAGAAACACAAGGUUCCUGGGCUCGAAACUCGCUCCUUGAUGAACUUUGCUGUGACGGAUGGGCAUACUGUUGUUUGCACUCGGUACAUCAGCAGCAAAACAGACGAGCCCGCCAGUCUGUACUUUUCUUCCGGCACGAAAUGGAAAGAAGGUGACACCAAAGGACACUUCAAGAUGGAACGACACGACAAAGGCGCCGAUAUUGUUCUCGUGGCCAGUGAGCCCAUCACUUUCGAACGACACAAUUGGGUUUCCGUCCCAACCAACUCUGUUGUCACCAUUCACAAGCAGACAGUGAUGCUCCACCCUAUUCUCGACGAAUUCUACGGCGAAAAUCUUGACCAAGACCGCUCUUCUUGCUUCGCUGUAUCCAAAGGUCUUGUCAGCACAGCUCCUGGAACGACUGUGCCACCGCCGGAUUCUAAGGAGCCUUGCGCGCCUCCACCAACGUGCAAGCCUGUCGAAACACCUGCGCUACAGCCAUGCAACUGA